CAGCAGCAGUGCCACGGCUGACACAUCCAGAACACGCAACCAUCCGGAUCAGCCCGGGCGCAGCGCAGACAUGCCGAAAUAACAGCGGGGCAAACGGGGACAAGCCUUUUCAUAGCGUCCAAAUGACCAAUGCGCAAUGUGCGCAUAUCUGAGGAGAAAAUGAAACGCAAGAGCGAGCGGAGACGAGCCGAGUCAAGGAAAAAGCGCUGUGCAGCUCACAACAGCUCAGAGGCGGAGCCAAACUCUGAUAUUUACAUUGAGAUAACAGAUCAACUGUACUUCGCCAUACUCCAGCAAAAGAUCAAGAGCACCGCGGACCGCCACUGUUUCUGCAUAGACGAUGAACUUUCCUACGAAAAUUUCUAUGCGGACUUUGGCCCGCUCAACCUGGCCAUGUUUUAUCGCUUUUGCUGCAAGCUGACGAAGAAGCUCAAGUCAAUUUGUCUUUCAAGAAAGAAAAUCAUAUUUUAUACUUGCGGAGAUCAGAAGAAACAAGCCAAUGCUGCCUAUCUAAUCGGUUCUUAUGCAGUAAUGCAUCUGAACAUGACUCCAGAUGAAGCCUAUAAUCUUUUAGUCUCACGGAAUUCAACAUAUAUUCCAUUUAGGGAUGCCUCUUUUGGAACAUGCAUGUACAAUCUAAAUAUCCUAGACUGCCUCUGGGCGAUUCAUAAGGCCCUUGAAUUCGGCUGGCUGGACUUUUCCAACUUUGACGUGGAAGAGUACGAGCAUUAUGAGCGUGCAGAAAAUGGAGAUUUUAACUGGAUAAUUCCUGGGAAGUUUCUUGCUUUUAGCGGGCCUCACCCUAAAAGCAAAAUAGAAAAUGGAUACCCUCUCCAUGCUCCUGAAGCUUACAUUCCCUAUUUCCGUAAACACAACAUCACCACUGUCAUCCGAUUAAACAAGAAGAUGUACGAUGCCAGGCGCUUCACAGACUCUGGCUUUGAGCACCACGACCUGUUCUUUGUGGAUGGCAGUACUCCAAAUGACUCCAUUGUCCGGAAGUUUCUCAACAUCUGUGAAAAUGCAGAAGGAGGAAUUGCUGUUCACUGUAAAGCUGGUCUGGGGAGAACAGGCACCUUAAUCGCAUGUUACAUGAUGAAGCAUUACCGCCUUACUGCUGCAGAAGCCAUCGCUUGGAUACGGAUCUGCCGACCAGGAUCCGUCAUUGGUCCUCAACAGAACUUUGUUGAUGAUAAACAGAACAGUUUGUGGAAAGAGGGCGACGUUUUCCGGGAGAAGAUGCUUAAUGAAAGGGAAAAUGGAAAAAUGUCCGUAACGAGGAUCCUGUCUGGAGUGGAUGACAUCACCAUUAACGGGACAAACAAGAACAGAACAAGCAAGAAAAAUGAUGUGGAGCAAUAUAUCGAUGAUGAGGAGAGAAAUGGUUUCACUCAAGGCGACAAACUGCGAGCUCUGAAAAGCAAGCGUCAGGCCAGGGCUUCGACAGGAUCUUUAUCGCAGGUGCUAGUGUUCUGCUGCAGCCUCAUGGGUCCGGUGUGGCCCGUGUGCUGCCUGCCGUUGAAAAGAUAGCACAGAGGGAGAGAGAGAGAAAGAGGGGAGAGUGCAUGUGAGGUUUUGUAUAAUGGAGGUAAGUGCAUGUCACUUCCUUUCAAACUGACAUCCUCUUCCUAUAGAAAUCGUUGCUGUAGGCGACUGAAUGUUAUGGCUAGCUGUGGCUGAGUUUGAAACUUUUUCUUUUUUUUCCGCUCUUGUGGUGUGAGGUGGAAAUGCACUUGGUGACUGCAUUACAUUUACACGCCUGUCACUGUUGGCCCCUCCAUAGAGCUGGCUUUUUCAGUUGCUUUUUGUUCAACUUCUCAAGGUUUCACAACAAAGUCUUGAUGCAGUUGACGUGUUGUAGGGCUUGUUUUGAGUUUGUCUUUUUUAAAUAUGCUCUCAGUGUAGAUAUUUUUGCCAUCAUUGUAUAUUACAUGUUAUUAUAAUAGUAAAUCAAUUAAGAGUUUAAGAUGUAAAUUCCUGUUCCUACUGCACUGUGUUACAUAUUAGUGAUGGGACAAAAUCGCUAUAUCAAGAGCAUUUUGGUUAGUUUUUUAUUACGGUAUAAUCCCAAUGCUGAUCAUACCUUUAUGAAGUCAAACAUAUGACUUUCUAUUUUAUGAUUUUAACGCAAAAAUCAAAAUAGUGUUCAGGCUUGAUCUCUAUAAUAAACUGUGUAUUUUUUUGUCUGUAAAAUAAUGUAUUUUUAUGCUUAGUAAGAUUUGUGGAUAUUCUUUCAACACACCAUGUUCUCAGAUAUUGAACUUAAUGUAUGGAGUAAGUUUAGGGCUGUAGUCAUUUAGAAUGAUUGUGUCUUAGUUGACCAAAACUUUUAUUACUCAACUGUAAUUAUUUUUAUUUAGAUUUUUGGGAUUCAUAUGAAACAACAGCAGCAAAAGCAAGGUAUGCAGAAGUAAAAAUUGAAGGUCUGAAAGUUGAUUUUGGUUUAACUCGCGUGUAAUUUCGGUCAGAUUGCCAUGCCCCCUUUUAGUCAACUAAUUGAUCAGCAGGACAUGCCUUUAGUCGAUUAAAGAAUUUAUUUAGUCAACUACAGCUCUAAAUAGGUGUAUACAUAGCCCAUAAAGGUUCUAUAUUGUGCAAAAUUGACUCUUGUGAGCUUUAAGCCAUGUUAUCAUGUUGUUAAGUCUUCAAAAACAUAUCUGGAGUUGUGUUUUGUUUCAUUCACACAUCCUUUAUUAUUAGUCUGUCUAGACCUCCAAAGCUCAAAAACAACUACAUUUUACCUUUGGUCCAGUGGAGAUUGGCAAUACCUGGGCUGAAAUCAUCCAAAUUAUUCUAGUGAAGGUUUUAAAAACACAGUGCAGCUUUUCCUGCAUUGCCACAUGACAUCACAAGGUGGAAUGGAUUGUUUUCAGUUUGGGAAAAGAACUGAAUAUGCAGGGUUUGUGUGCUAAAACAAAUGAAACAAAACACAACUCCAGGUAUGUUUUAGCUGAGGAAACAUUAUAGCAUAGAUCAGAAAAUAUCAUAAUACAGACUCUUAAGUAAGUAAGUUAGUUCGUUAAAAGUAAUCUAUGCAAUAUGUGUUUCUGUGCUGCCCUUCACCAUGUGGCUUCACUGUUUGUGUAACUAAAGUGCAUGUUGCGUUCCACUGUUGCUUGGAGAAAUGAAUCCAUUAAAAGUGUUCAUUUGCUCCGGCUCUGUCUCUUGCAUGGCUGCAGCCCUCAGACCUGUGCAUGUACAAACACAUUUGUAUGUUGGAUCUAUGUUUCAGUCUAACCUGUAACUUAAGUAAAGCCGGGUUCAUCGUCACUCCUGUUGUUUUGUUUUUUCCAUUGUUUUUGUGACUGGAUUGGUGAAAACAACCCACACCAUAGGACUUCUGAAAUUGAAUUCUUAAGAGUGUGAUUUUUGAAAUGUAUUUAAUAUAUCUACUAUAUAUUUGCACUGACAUUAUAAAAUACGUUUAGUUAAUAAUAUUUGUAGAUUCAUGUAGAUUUGGAUUGUGGGUAUUAAUAGUAGCAAUAACAAUGCUUAAAAAAAAAAAAUCACAUUUAAUCUUUGACUAACCCUACCUAACAGCCUAACAAGAAAUAACUAACUUGAAUCAAUGACGGCAAAAAAAGUAAAAUGAAAGUUAGAGCUGCCAGUAUGCCAAAAAAAGAGCACUGUUUGAUAAAUCACAUUUGAAGAUUUGAACAUGGAUUAAUCCAAGAAAUACUUUCAUUAUUAAUUUAAUGAGAAUAAACAGGACAAGGCGUUUGUUUACUCCAGAGUCUGUUCCAAACAAUGUACUUUUACUGACAGAUGAUUGGCUGUAUAUCUUUUGAUUAAACAGACCUAAUUUGUUCAUUGGAAUUUUGAUCUCAAUUUAAAAAAAAUCUAUUAAUUGAAAGUGGAAGUUGUGUAAAGUUGUUUUUAUCUAAUCCAGUCUGAGGGAAAAUUCGAACAUCAGAGUGUCCUUCCCGGGCGUGUCUCUGUGUUUUCCUUUUUUAUUUCCUCUUUUCCGUUUGCUCUUGUUGGAUUUGUCCUCC